AUGGAUACAAUCACAGAAUGGGCCCUGGAUGCAUUUGCUCCAGGUGCAAAUCCUCCGACACAAUCCUUAGCUUCCGCAGUCCCAUUUGGGGCCCAGCCUGAAACUCCAACAGUAAAUCCUUGGAUACAGUCUGAUUUUGAAACACCCCCACCAUCAACCCAGGUUCAAUCUGCAGCAGUUAGACCAUGGACACGGUCUGAAAAUUACACAGUCAUACCAUGGACCCAGGUUCAACCUCCUGCAGUGAAUCCCUGGGCAGAGGCUGUAGCUUCCUCAGUCAUACCAUGGACUCAGGCUCAGUCUCCAGUAAAUCCUUUGACAGAGGCUGUGCCUUUCACAGUCAUACCAUGGACUCAUCCUGAAUAUUGUGCAGCAAAAUCCUGGACAGAGACUGUAGCUUCCACAGUCACACUGUGGAUUCAGGCUGAAUUUCCAACAACAAAGACAUGGACAGAGGCUAUAGCUUCCACAGUCACACCAUGGAUUCAGGCUGAAUCUCCAGCAGUAAACACUUGGAGAGAGGCUGUAGCUUCCACAGUCACACCAUGGACUCAGGCUGAAAGUCCAGCAGUAAAUACUUGGACAGAGGCUGUAGCUUCCACAGUGGCAUUGUGGACUCAUGCCAAAUCUCUAGCAUUAAAUUCUUUCACACAGAGUGUAAUUGAUACAGUCGUAUUUUGGACAACGCUUAAAACAAAGAAACCCUGGAAACUGCCUCAAACGACUAUGUUCAUUAUUUCACUGAAUCCUCAAAGUGAUACUAUUGGAUCCUUGAACCAAGUUGAAAAUCAAGGAUCUCUUCUGUGGUCACAUCCUGAAAUUGACAAUGUCAGUACAUUAACCUUGCCUGAAUCUGGAGCACUUAUGUCAUGGAUAGUGCCUUUUCCCCAAGCAGCCAGACUCUGGCCCCAACCUGAAGCUGAUAUUAGCAGACCUUGGUUUAAAACCUCAGAAAGAAUAAGAUCCUGGGCUCAGUCAGAAUCUCAAACAAUGAGUACCUCAACCCAGUUUGGAGCUGGUAGAGUCAAACCCUUGGCCCAGCAUGAAAGUGCUACAGUCGUGUCAUGGAUUCAGACUGAAACUGGUAUAUUCCAGCCAUGGAACCAGUCUGAAGGAGACACAGUAAGAUCCUGGAACCUUUCUAAAACGGCUGUAAGACCAUGGAUCCAGACUGGAGCUGGUAUAGUCAACCUCUGGGAUCAGCCUAAAAGCAGUACAAUCAGACCCUGAACCCAAGCUGAAUCUGAAGCAGUCAGACCCUGGACAGAGUCUGAAGCUAAGGCAAUCACAGUGUUGACGCAGGCUGAAGCAAGCAAUGAAACACUUGACAUUAAUACUGUCAGACCUUGGUUCCAAACUCAAAUUGAUGCAAUAAGAGAGGGGACCUAACCUGAAUCUCAAAUAGUUACUACCUGGAUCCAACCACAAUUGCCAAUAGUCCAUCCCUGGAUUCAGCCUGAAACUAAUGCAGUCAGAUUUUGGACCCAUGCUGAAGGUUAUUUAGCCCAACCCUGGAUCCAGGCUGAAACCCACACAGUCAGAGUCCAGACUCAUUAUGAAAUUGGUCCAAGAAAACCAUGGACCCAGCCUGAAUCUCAGUCAGUCACACUUUGGUUCCUGACUCAAAAUGAUGCAGUUAGGCCCUCAUCCCAGUUUGAAUCUCAGAUGACAUGUUCCAGGACCCAAAAUGAAUUUGGUAUAAUCAAUCCUUGGACUCAUUCUGAAACUAGUUCAGUCAGAUCCUGGACCAAGCUUGAAACUGGUACAGGCCAACCCUGGCUCCAUCUUGACGCUGCUACAAUCAGACCGUGGACCCAGUAUGAAACUUUAGAAAUCCAGCCCUCAACCCAGCCUGAGGCUGAUACAGUAGUAAGACAUUGGUUCCAGACACAAAUGGAUUCAAUCAAAAUUUGGAACCAGCCUGAGGCUGAUACAUCUAGACUCUGGACCCAAACUGAAACAGAAACAAUUCAAAUUUGGACCCAGACUGGAAGCGAAGUAGUAAAGCCUCCAAGCUUAUCUGAAGUUGCUAUAGUCACACCUCGGUUACAGACUCAAAGUGAUACACCUAGAUCCUGGAUUCAACCUGACUUUCAGUCAAUCAGUCUCUGGACCCAGACUGGAGUUGGUAUAAUUUGCCCCUGGUCUCAGCAAAGAGUUGCUAUAUAUCAACCCUGGGCAUACCCUCAAACCCAAGCAGUCAGACCCUGGAACAUGUUGGAAGCCGAUACCAUCAAAUCUUGGUUCCAUGUUCAAAUGAAUAAAGUCAGACCAUGGGCCCCUUCAGAAUCUCAAAUAUUGAGCUGGAUGCAGGCUGAAGUUGGUAGAGUUAACCCUUGGAUCCAGCCAGAAACCCCGGCAGUUAGACCUGGGGCCCACCCAGAAACUGCUAGUGUUGCGUCUUUUGCUAUUCCUAAAGCUGACAAAGUCAGAACAUGGGUCCAACCUGAAAUAGAAAUAAGGCCUGACAUUCAUUAUAAAGCUGAUAUAAUCACAUCAUUUGCUUCUCCUGAAGUUGAGCCAGAUGGAACAACCCAAUUAACUAGUCACUUUGACUCCUCAUCUAAACAUGUAACUUUUUUACCAGUAGAAACUGUUCCUUCACCAGGUGAGUAUUUUACAGCUUUGUCAGCUGAAACAGCUGCAGUAGAAAGCCAAGGUCAAAUCAAUUCUCUCCAACCCAGUGACCUCCCAAAUAUUCUCUUUCUUACUCUUUCAAGCACAUGGCUUUCUGGAGGAGUUGGCUACUGGAACUUUGGCAAUAAAUUACAAAUUACCAAAACAAAAGAGCCUGAUGUUCCAUCUACUUCUCUCAGCCCCCUUUCUCCAUCUUUUUCCUUUCUUGUUCCUUGUUUUUUCCCAUCCUCAUGUUCUUUGUCCCUUUCCUGUUCAGCCUUUUCUUCUUGCACCCUCCCUUCAUCCUGUACUUUCCGUUCUUGCUCAACUCUUUCUCCUGUGGCCUUCUCUCCUGUUCUCCUUCCCUUAGCUGCUUCUGAUAGUUCUCUACAGGGACUAUCUUUCUCAAAAUUUGCUGGGACCAUUCUUUCUCAUACUUUUUCAUCCCUACGUGCUGCCCCAGCCACACCUUUAACAAACCUACCUUCUCUGAUGCCUGCAUCUCAAUCUGGAACCAAGUCUAACCAGCCUGAACAAGAUCCUCUCAAGUAUUCGGAACUCAAUAUUUCCUUGGCUGAGUUUCGCCUAACUGUGGUCUGGAAAGAGAGCCUCCGGGCUUUCUGGCUCUUCAAGACAGCUGUUAUUUCUCAUGAAACCACAGAGUGUGGAUUACUCCCUGGCGUUGUCCCACACUGUCCCAACUGCUGGGAGGCAGAAGUGGGUGAAUUUGUGCAACUCUCCUUCUCCCAAUUCUGUGCUGGCUCUAUACUGAAUGAACAGUGGAUCCUUACUACAGCUAGAUGUGUGAAUUUCAUAAAAAACUCAGAAGCAUUGGCCCUGGUCCAGAUGGGGCUUAUUGAUCUUCAGAGCCCUGCCCAAGCUCAAACCAUAGGUAUUCAUCAUGGUAUGCCCUACCUAGGUCCCAAAGGACUUUUGGGACCUGGGCUAAUCUUCCUGAAGUAGUCGCUAUGUUUUCAACCCCUGGUGCUUCCUGUCUGCCUGGAGGAGAGCCUAGAGCAAGAGAAAAACAUACAACUAUAUGACUGCUGGCUACCCAGUUGGUCCCUCAUGAGAGGAAGUCCUGGAAUUCUGCAAAAAAGGCAUCUAAGCAUCCUGCAGGUCAGCACAUGUGCCCAGUUUUGGCCCAAACUGAAUGAAUUUACUUUCUGCAUGGAAGCCAAGAAAGCUAUGGGGGAGGCUGGCUGUAAGGGUGACCUGGGGGCACCUCUUGUGUGCCAUGUACAGCAAAAGGACACAUGGGUGCAGGUGGGAAUAUUGAGUCACUUUGAUGAACAUUGCACAAAGCCAUACAUCUUCAGCCAAGUGAGCCCUUUCCUUUUCUGGCUGCAGGGAGUUACACGACCCAGCCAUGCACCCUGGUCCAAGCAAGGGCCCAUGACUAGCUCUGCUUCCAUCUCCCUUUCAGUCUCUACCUCUGCAAAUGCCUCAGCUUUUACCUCCACUCCUGCUUCUGUCCGGCCACACUUCAUCUCUCUGCCACAGCCUCAGACUUUGGCAGAUCGGAUUUCUCUGAGAUAUGCCAUGCCUUGGCAGGCCAUGAUCAUCAGCUGUGGCAGUCAAAUUUGCAGUGGUUCCAUUGUUAGCAGCUCUUGGGUACUCACUGCUGCCCGCUGCGUCAGGAACAUGAAUCCUGAAGGCACUGCUGUAAUACUGGGCCUGAGGCACCCUGGGGCACCUCUGAGAGUUAAGGUAUCUACCAUUCUACUGCAUGAAAGAUUCCAGUUGGUGAGUGGGGCAGCAAGAAAUGAUCUAGCAUUGCUGCUCCUUCAAGAGGUGCAGACUCCCAUUCAGCUUUUAGCACCCACGGGCCAUCUGAAGAACCUGAAUAGCUCAGAAUGCUGGCUGUCUGGGCCACGGAUGCUUAAGCCAGGAGAGACAGAUGAAAAUCCAGAAAUAUUACAGAUGCAAGUGAUGGGCACUUCAAGCUGUGCCCACCUCUCCCCUGAUAGGGGCGGUUCUGUUGUGUGCUUCAUUACACAAGACAAACACUCUGAUACAAAUGUGGAACCAGUGAGCCCAGGCAGUGCGGUUAUAUGCAGACCAAUUUCUGGGAAUGGCAGCUGGAGACAGACAGGCCUCACCAGUCUGAAAGCACUGGCUACCAUUGUGAGCUCCCAUUUCUCAUGGAUAUUAUCCACUUCAGCAACAGCAGGGCAUCCCCUAACCCAGGAAUGCAUGCUUUGGGUGGAAAAGCCCAAGUCCUCUAGUGUCCUAAGACAGCCAAACACACUGCCGCUCUCUUCAAUAAUAAUUAUAGCAGUACACACCCUUUUGUAA